AUGGCGUCGGUGAAAAUGGUGAGUAUGUUCAUUUUGCCGGCCAUGUUACACGCCUUCAGUUCCUUUGGUUGGUCGAUGGCUCAAAACAGUCAUCAUCGUCCUCAUCAUAUGCAUGUUGGAGUGAUUCUUGAUAUGGAGUCACCAGUUGGGGAAAUGGCCCAAAAAUGCAUGACCAUGGCCAUCUCUGACUUGAAUGCCACGCCCUCGCAAAAUAACCAUCCCCUGAAGUUGAUUCUGCAUCCUAGGAAUUCCAACGGACAGCCUCUGAAAGCUCUAUCUUCAGCUGUGGAGCUUUUGGAGAAUGAAAAAGUUGAGGCACUUAUAGGCCCGCAAACAUCUGAAGAAGCCGAGCUUCUGGGAGAACUGGGAGAUAGAGUGCCUAUCAUCUCGUUUUCUGCCAGUUGCCCAUCCUUGUCCAGAGAGAAAAAUCCAAACUUUAUCCGAAUGACAACUAAUGAUAACUCCCAGGUUGGAGCCAUUGCUGCUCUAGUUAAAAAAUUCGGGUGGAGAGAAUUGGUCAUAAUACAUGAGGACAGUUCCUUUGGAAAUGGAAUCAUACCCAAUCUUCUUCUCGCAUUACAUGAAGGCAAUGCUCGUGUAGCGCAUCGAACCGUCAUUCCACCACAAGCCAGGGACAUAUAUGUAGAAGCCCAACUUUAUAGACUGAUGGCUCUGUCUGCCAAUAUAUUCAUCGUCCACAUGUCUCCUUCCCUCGCAUCUCGGUUUUUUAUUAAGGUUAAUGAGUUGGGAAUGAUGAGUACAGGCUAUGGUUGGGUUGUGACUGAUGGGAUAGCAAACGAGCUGUCUCUUUUCACAAACCAGCAUCAUCAAAUUCCUGAAGUAAAUGUGUAUUGCUUAUGGGCUUAUGAUUCUGUCUGGGCUUUAGCCACAGCAGCACGUCAUUUAGGUGCUACAACUUCUAUAGAGAAGAAAGAUUCUGCAAAUAAGUUUGCUCAUCUGGCUGCCAUUCCCCCGAGACCAACAGGAUCCGAUCUCGUCCGCACAAUUCUACGUGCCAAGUUCACAGGUUUGAGUGGGGAAAUUCAACUUAAGAAUGGACAGCUGCAACAACCGCUAGCAUUUGAAAUGGUAAAUGUUUUUGGAAGAGUCAAGAGAAUCGGAUUUUGGACCCAAUUUAAUGAGAUAACGACGGAGCUAGAUAGGUCUACUGUUGCUCAAUCACCCUCUGUGAGAGACAUGGGCUCUAUUGGAUGGCCUGGAUCAUCCUUGGCCAUACCAAAAGUUCAACGAAUUAUGCCAAAGGCUGGGAAGAGAUUGAGAAUUGGAGUUCCAAUUAAAGUAGGUUUUAAAGAAUUGGUGGGAGUGGAACUUGAUCCCGUGACAAAUGCGACAACGGUAACAGGCUUUUGCAUAGAUGUGUUCAAGGCUGCAAUUGAUAUGUUGCCCUAUGGAGUAAUUUUGGACUUCAUCCCGUUUACAAAUUCAAACAUAUUGAUGGGUGGAAGCUAUUAUGACAAUCUGAUAUACCAAGUUUACCGUCAGGUGAUCUUACAUGAACCUAGUAUACCUUGA